GCUUACUAUUAAGCGAGACUUUGAGCCGUUCGUAUCCGACGUCCAAAACGAGUAUAAUCGGUCUUAGAAAUUUCUAAGUCUAAAACGAAAGAGUGCGUUUCAGUGAGUGGAUAUAGACGAUUUUUGAAUAUAGUGAAACGCUGAAUAAAGUCGUCGAAUAACACGUUCGAAGACAGAUUUGAAAGAAAAAAAAAAAAAAUAAUUUUUUUUUCAAACACAACAAAAGGCGAAUCAAUAUAUAUAUAAAAAUGGCUGACAGUGGUAUUAGGCGCGACAUUCCCAUCAAACUUCGUGAGAUCAGCGUACUCGAUUCCGAAUUUGCAAAUAUUCGUGAAAGAUUUGACGCCGAAAUGCGCAAGAUGGAAGACGAGAUGUCAAAAUUCCGUAGCAAGCUCAUGGACCGUGAAAGCAACAAUUUCUUCAAGAGCACCACCAGCACCCACCACAUGACAAGUGAACACCGAACCUCCAAGUCGACAACGGGUGAUUGGGAGACCCUGGAUAGCGCUGUGCCCACCUCAAAAUCUGCCUUCGACAGCUUCUCCAGCAAAACGACGCAGGAACAGACACAAAACAGCUCGUUGACCCCUCAUCACGAUUCCAAUACCUGGCUCGACGGCCUCGACAGUCCUUUGAUCCAGGAUGAAGGCGGCAACAAAUCCCUCAAGCUGAGAUUCGACGUUUCAAAGUACACGCCGGAGGAAAUCGUCGUUAAAACCGUCGACAACAAAUUGCUGGUUCACGCUAAACACGAGGAAAAAUCCGAGAGCAAAUCUGUCUACAGGGAAUACAACCGUGAAUUCCUUUUGCCGAAAGGAACAAAUCCAGAGAGCAUCAAGUCAUCCCUCAGCAAAGACGGGGUCCUCACAGUUGAAGCACCUCUGCCUCUUGCAUCCGGCGAAACGCGCAUCCCGAUUACGCACAAAUAAACAAUUAUUUAUUUAUUCUAUUCACAAUCCCAUCCUCGUUCCUUGUUCCUCGCCAAUCUCUCUAAUUUCCUCUUGAUAUUCCUUGUUGUCCGCAAACCUUUUGUUCCACACACCGGGAUGAUACCGGGAUCCUUAUGAUUUCCGGUACCAUACCCAAUGAAACAAAAAAACUAAGAAAUUCUUCCGGAGCAUUCGCAUAAUUUUUUAACCGGCUGAAUGGAUAUGAAAAAAAAAAAAAUAAAGAAAAAUAAAGAAAACGUAAAACACAGAUGAAACGUAAUUAUUGGAAAAUAAAUGAACAUUUUGAAUAGGA